AUGGGAGGCAACGAGACCGAUAGGCUGGCACUGCUAGCCAUCAAAGCUCAAAUAAAGCAAGAUCCUCAUAAUGUAUUCAGCUCCUGGAAUGAAUCCAUUCACUUUUGCUCGUGGCACGGUGUCUCCUGCGGUCGACGACAUCGCCAGAGGGUCACAAGGCUAGACCUCCGAUCUCAAAAGCUGGCAGGGUCCCUAUCCCCACACAUAGGAAACCUAAGUUUCCUAAGGGAACUAGAACUACAAAACAACAGCUUCAGCAAUAAAAUCCCUCCAGAAAUUGGGAAUUUGCGUAGAUUGCAGGUACUGUCUCUACACCAUAACUCAUUUAGUGGCCUUAUUCCAUUCAAUAUAUCAUAUUGCUCCAACCUCAUCUUCAUGGAGUUCAAUUCCAACGGGUUGGUGGGUAAAAUUCCAUCUGAAUUUGGCUCUUUGUUGAAGCUUCGAAGAAUUGUGUUAAACAAAAAUAAUUUAAUAGGAGAGAUCCCUCCUUCCUUGGGGAACCUUUCGUCCCUCAAGACACUUGCUGCAACACAAAAUAACUUGGUGGGAAGCCUCCCUACUUCUCUAGGUCAAUUAAAAAAAUUAACAUUUUUGGUAUUUGACAUAAACUACUUAUCUGGUACCAUUCCUCCCUCCAUCUAUAACCUCUCUGCUCUUAAUACGUUUGGCGUAGGAAUGAACAAAAUUCAAGGGAGGCUUCCAUCAGACUUGGGAAAAACUCUUCCUAAUCUCCAAAACUUUGCCAUUGCUUUCAACCAAUUUUUUGGAUCCUUGCCUCUCUCACUAUCAAAUGCCACAAGUCUCCAGUUACUUGAAAUUCAAUAUAACAACUUCACAGGUCAGAUGCUGGAUUUCCGAAAGCUUCAUAACCUAGAGAAAUUUGUAAUUCAACAGAAUCAUCUUGGAAGCGGUACUACAGAUGGUGACUUGACUUUCCUCACGGACUUGACCAAUUCCACGGAGUUAAAAGACUUGAUUAUGAAUGACAACAAUUUUGGAGGGACGUUGCCCACAUCAAUAUCCAAUCUCUCAACCAAGCUUGAAAUGUUUUGGUUUUACAGCAACCAAAUACAUGGAAGCAUUCCAACAGACAUAGGAAAUUUGGUCAGCUUGGAAUCGUUGUUAAUGGGGGGAAAUAGCUUCACCGGUAGCAUCCCCACUGAAAUUCAGAAGCUUUCAAGCCUUGUGGAAUUAGAUAUUUCUAUGAAUGCAUUAUCAGGAAGGAUUCCAUCAUCCUUAGGAAAUUUAACCAAGUUAUACAAACUCUUCUUACAAGGAAAUAAUCUUGAAGGCGUCAUCCCUUCAAGCUUGGGGAACUGCCAGCGGUUGAUAUUAUUGGAUUUAUCUAAUAAUAAACUUAGUGGCGCAAUACCUCAACAAGUUAUCGGCCUCCCGUCCUUAUCACUGCUUUUGAACUUGUCGACGAACAACUUUACGGGUUCUCUUCCGAAGGAGGUUGGGAAGUUGAAGAGUCUAGGUGUACUGGACGUUUCUAAUAACAUGUUAUCCGGAGAACUUCCUAGUAGCCUUGGUUCAUGUGAGAGUUUAGAAGUCUUACGUUUGCAUGACAACUUCUUCAAGGGGUCUAUUCCCUCAUCUGUGAUUGGGUUGAAAGGCAUAGAAGAAUUAGACCUUUCCCGCAACAAUUUGUCGGGUGAAAUUCCAAAAUUCUUAGAGGGCCUUGUCUUGUUGAAGAAACUAGACCUAUCAUUCAAUGAAUUUUGGGGAGCGGUACCAACUGGAGGAGGUGCUUUUAAAAAUGCAAGUGCGAUUUCAAUUACUGGCAACACCAAGCUCUGGCGACCCACUGACGACAUGUUUAAUGGGGACCUAAACCUUCAUACUUAUGUUAAAAUGGCUUUCCCUAAUCGAGUUAUGGAGAUUGUAGAUUCAACACUUUUUGAAGGAGGCACAAACGAGAGAAGGGUUCAAAAGAUUGAGGUGUGCUUGAAUUCAAUAUUUAGAAUUGGAAUUGAAUGCUCUGCUGAAUCUCCAACGGACCGUCUGAAGAAUAUCAGUGAUGCUGCAUCUGAGUUGCAUUCCAUUAGAGACGUUCUUCUUCGAUAG